AUGAACCAAAGAGCAGAGGACAUUACAGAAGAAACAUCAGUAGAUGUUUCUACUGUUCCUGCGCUAAUGUCUCCGUUAGGAUAUGGGCUUCUGGCAUUUUGGAUGCUGAUUGUCACUAUUUUGUCUGUCUUCUGCAACUCUCUGGUUAUCGCAGUUAUGUUAAAGAACCGACAGCUUUUCUUGCCCACAAACAUUCUCAUUAUGGGUCUGGCAGUCUCUGACCUGUUAAUGACCCUCUGUGGAUCAGCUGUUGGAACCGUGACCAACUAUUAUGGGCAGUUCUUCAUGGGGAGAGAGCUCUGUGUCUUCCAAGGAUUUGCUGUCAAUUACUUUGGCCUAGUCUCCCUGUGUACACUAACUCUGAUGGCUUAUGAGCGUUACUACAUAAUAUGCAAGUCCAUGGGUGCCUUCAAGAUCACAUUGCGACGCAAUGCUAAGGGUCUUCUUUUAGUCUGGUUCUACUGUUUGUUCUGGGCCACAGGACCCCUAAUAGGCUGGGGGUCUUAUGGCCCUGAGGGAGUCCAGACCUCAUGCUCUCUGGCCUGGCAGGAGCGUACAUGGGCCAGUUACAGCUUUCUUCUCCCGUAUUGGUUCUUCUGCUUUCUACUGCCCACAUGGUUGAUCAUCUACUGCUACUACCACAUACUGACCUCCAUUAAAAGGCUGAACCAGAGCGUGGAGAGUCAGGGAGGCAAGUCACGGCAAAAAGAAGACAAGCAUGCUAUGUGCAUGGUGGCUGCUAUGAUUGGUUCCUUCUUCUUCUGUUGGCUGCCAUAUGCUCUUGUAUCAAUGCUUGUGAUCCUUGUGCCUGACAUGUCCAUAUCUCCAGCACUUGCCUCCAUGCCUGCACACUUGGCUAAGACCAGUCCUGCAUACAACCCUGUCAUCUUCUUCCUGGCCAAAAAAAAGUUUCGAGAUAUGGCCUUGGAGAUUAUAUCAUGCGGCUGCUACAGACCUGCGUUUCCCAUAUCAAGCAGUAGCGAAGAGGUAGAAAUAGUGGAGAGCGGCUCCAAACAGCUGAGUCCCAACACCAUUCAGCCUGAACCUGCACUGACCAACUGA